AUGGCAUUGGAGUUCCCGGGCUUGCAGCCGCCGCCGCCUCGUCCACGCACCCCGAGUGGCCCUUCUUCCCCGAGCAGCAGCGGAGAAGGCGAAGCGGCCGGCGGGGGCGAGGCAGAUGGGGCUCAAGGCGCGCAGGGCGGCGGGGGCGGCUGGCGGCGGCGGCGACGGGGGCGGAGGAGGCGGCGGCGGGGCCGCUAACCCAGCCGGGGGUGACGCGGCGGCCGCCGGCGACGAGGAGCGCAAAGUGGGGCUGGCGCCCGGCGACGUGGAGCAAGUCACCUUGGCGCUUGGGGCCGGAGCUGACAAAGACGGGACCCUGCUGCUGGAGGGCGGCGGCCGCGACGAGGGGCUGCGGAGGACCCCGCAGGGGAUCGGGCUCCUGGCCAAGACCCCGCUGAGCCGCCCUGUCCAGAGGAACAACGCCAAGUACCGGCGCAUCCAAACUUUGAUCUACGACGCCCUGGAGAGACCGCGGGGCUGGGCGCUGCUCUACCACGCGCUCGUGUUCCUGAUUGUCCUGGGGUGCUUGAUUCUGGCCGUCCUGACUACAUUCAAGGAGUAUGAGACCGUCUCGGGAGACUGGCUCCUGUUACUGGAAACAUUUGCGAUUUUCAUCUUUGGAGCCGAGUUUGCUUUGAGGAUCUGGGCUGCUGGGUGUUGCUGCCGAUACAAAGGCUGGCGGGGGCGACUCAAGUUUGCCAGGAAGCCCCUGUGCAUGCUGGACAUCUUUGUGCUAAUUGCCUCUGUGCCAGUGGUUGCUGUGGGAAACCAGGGCAAUGUCUUGGCCACCUCCCUGCGAAGCCUGCGCUUCCUGCAGAUCCUGCGUAUGCUGCGAAUGGACCGGAGGGGUGGCACCUGGAAGCUCCUGGGGUCGGCCAUCUGUGCCCACAGCAAAGAACUCAUCACCGCCUGGUACAUCGGUUUCCUGACACUCAUCCUUUCCUCAUUUCUUGUCUACCUGGUUGAGAAAGAUGUGCCGGAAGUGGAUGCACAAGGAGAGGAGAUGAAGGAGGAGUUUGAGACCUAUGCAGAUGCCCUUUGGUGGGGCCUGAUCACACUGGCCACCAUUGGCUAUGGAGACAAGACACCCAAAACUUGGGAAGGCCGUCUGAUUGCUGCCACCUUUUCCUUAAUUGGUGUCUCCUUUUUUGCCCUUCCAGCAGGCAUCCUGGGAUCGGGGCUGGCACUCAAGGUGCAGGAGCAGCACCGUCAGAAGCACUUUGAGAAAAGGAGGAAGCCAGCGGCUGAGCUCAUUCAGGCUGCCUGGAGGUAUUACGCUACCAACCCCAACAGGAUCGAUCUCGUGGCAACAUGGAGGUUUUAUGAAUCAGUUGUCUCUUUUCCAUUCUUCAGGCAAGAGCAGCUGGAGGCAGCAGCCAGCCAAAAGAUGGGUCUCUUGGAUCGGGUUCGCCUUUCUAAUCCUCGUGGUAGCAAUACUAAAGGAAAGCUAUUUACCCCUCUGAAUGUAGAUGCCAUAGAAGAAAGUCCUUCUAAAGAACCAAAGCCUGUUGGCUUAAACAAUAAAGAGCGUUUCCGCACCGCCUUCCGCAUGAAAGCCUACGCUUUCUGGCAGAGCUCCGAAGAUGCCGGGACAGGUGAUCCCAUGGCAGAAGACAAGGGCUAUGGGAAUGACUUCCUCAUUGAAGACAUGAUCCCCACCCUGAAGGCUGCCAUCCGAGCCGUCAGAAUUCUACAAUUCCGUCUCUAUAAAAAAAAAUUCAAGGAGACUUUGAGGCCUUACGACGUGAAGGAUGUGAUUGAGCAGUAUUCCGCAGGACACCUCGACAUGCUUUCCAGGAUAAAGUACCUCCAGUCAAGAAUAGAUAUGAUUUUCAGCCCUGGACCUCCAUCCACUCCAAAACACAAGAAGUCUCAGAAAGGGACAGCAUUCACCUAUCCAUCUCAGCAAUCUCCCAGGAGUGAACCAUAUGUAGCCAGAGCAUCCACAUCAGAAAUUGAAGACCAGAGCAUGAUGGGCAAGUUUGUAAAAGUUGAAAGACAGGUUCAUGACAUGGGGAGGAAGCUGGAUUUCCUGGUAGACAUGCACAUGCAGCACAUGGAACAGCUGCAGGUGCACGUCACAGAGUAUUACCCGGCCAAGGGCUCUUCACCAGCCGAGGUGGAGAAGAAAGAAGGCAGCAGGUAUUCUGAUUUGAAAACCAUCAUCUGCAACUAUUCUGAGACAGGCCCCCUUGAGUCUCCCUACAGCUUCCACCAGGUGCCCAUUGACAAGGUCGGCCCCUAUGGGUGUUUUGCACACGACCCAGUGAACCCGCCCCGAGGGGGACCCAGUUCUGGAAAGGUUCAGACAACUCUUCCUUCCUCGGCCACCACGUAUGCAGAAAGGCCCACCGUCCUGCCUAUCUUGACUCUUCUUGACUCCCAUGUGAGCUACCACUCUCAGGCUGAGCUCCACGGCCCCUACUCGGACCGAAUCUCCCCCGGGCAGAGACGCAGCAUCACACGGGACAGCGACACGCCUCUGUCCCUGAUGUCAGUCAACCAUGAGGAGCUGGAGCGGUCUCCAAGUGGCUUCAGCAUCUCCCAGGACAGAGACGAUUACGUGUUUGGCCCCAGCGGGGGGUCAAGCUGGAUGAGGGAGAAACGAUACCUCGCUGAGGGUGAGACGGACACAGACACAGACCCUUUCACACCCAGUGGCUCCAUGCCUCUGUCGUCCACAGGGGAUGGGAUUUCUGAUUCUAUAUGGACCCCUUCCAACAAGCCCACUUAA